UCAAACAAUUGGUUGUUUGAUCUGCACAAGGCAUUUCACGGUCCCUUGUGUGUGAGAGAGAGAGAGAGGGAGGGAGGGGAGUAGCCUGUAGUUUAGAAUCAAGAAAAAACAAAUCUUUGAGAAGUUGCCAAGAUUGAGUUUUUGUUUGUGUAUGAUGAUGGGGUUCAAGAUUUACAGUUUGUUCAGUUUUAAAAUGUCUAUAUUUCUGUUUUUGUUUCUUAACAAUGCAAUUGCAUACAGUUCUCAUUCUUCUUCAGCUGACACCACUAUGCAUACUAACAACUGGGCUGUCUUGGUUUGCACUUCUCGUUUCUGGUUUAAUUAUCGGCACAUGGCUAACACUUUGUCAUUGUAUAGGACAGUUAAGCGAUUAGGUAUACCUGAUGAGAGGAUAAUACUGAUGUUGGCAGAUGAUAUGGCUUGUAAUGCUAGGAACAAGUACCCUGCACAAGUCUUCAACAAUGAAAACCAUAGACUUAACUUAUAUGGAGACAAUGUGGAGGUGGACUAUCGAGGUUAUGAAGUAACAGUUGAAAAUUUUUUACGUGUUCUGACUGGCCGCCAUGAAACUGCUGUUCCAAGAUCAAAGCGACUCUUAAGUGAUGAAGGAAGCCACAUUCUUCUGUACAUGACAGGGCAUGGAGGAGAUGAAUUCUUAAAAUUCCAGGACUCCGAAGAGCUCCAGAGUCAUGAUUUAGCUGAUGCUGUAAAGCAAAUGAAGGAGAAACGUAGAUUCAAGGAAUUGCUGAUAAUGGUGGACACUUGUCAAGCUGCCACUCUAUUCAAUCAGCUCCAUUCACCUGGUGUUUUGGCCAUUGGCAGUAGCAUGAAAGGAGAGAACUCGUACUCACAUCACUUGGACUCUGAUGUUGGUGUUUCUGUUGUGGAUCGUUUUACAUUCUAUACACUUGCCUUUUUUGAGAGGCUAAAUAUGUAUGACAACGCUUCAUUGAGCAGUCUUUUUACUUCAUAUGAUCCAAAUACAUUGAUGUCAACUGCAUAUUACCGAACAGAUUUAUACCGACGACAUUUGGAUGAGGUACCUGUAACGAACUUUUUUGGCUCAGUAAUGGAAACAAUACAUACAGAUUCUGCCUAUAGAGCUGUCACUAGGAAAAUGUCCAAAAGGGCUGGAAUCAAUAUGGCUGUUGAAAAAUCAGUUCAACAUGAUGAUAGAAGAACUUUGAUAGAUUCAAAUGUUCAGGACCCAACUAGUCAUAUAAAGACAAAGGAUCAAAAUUGCCCCUUUACACGGACAAUGAACACAUUUUUUGACAAGGUGGAAAGAAUUGAACAUCCUGACUCCUUGGUGAAUUACGGAUUGAUAUUGAUGCUUCCUCUUUUGAUGGUUUCUGUGUGGUUAUCAUCGUGAACGACUGGAGUACCUUGUUCUGUUGAUCAUCUCCAUCCAGGAAUUUCUUCUGCGUAUCAAAAUUUAUUUACUUCCCCAUGCUUGAUCAAUUAUCAUGUUUUUUGUUGCAAUUUUGAUCCCACAUGUAGUGGAGCGCUCCUUUGGCUUGAUCGAUGACUCUGCCUUUCUUUGUAACUGAAUCUUUGGGAAGGGGCAACAGUUGACCAAUGUAUAGUUCGACAUUGGAUUAAAGAACGUUACGGGAUUUUCCUAGAAAUAUAGGGCAUUCAGUACCCUAUCUGGACAUCAUCUUUUGACGUAUUUUCAGUUUUUACUGUGCACGUAGUCCAUUGUAAAACCAAGUAUAUUCAGUUUUUUACAAUGAACAUUGUCCAUGCAA